CAUCACCAUUGUAACGAAAGAUAUCGAAUUUGUGGAAAUCUAUUGUUCUCGAAUUCGUGCAAGUAAGGGAGUUUUCCCGCAGAGCAAAGGGUCAUUCUCGAUUUGAUUGUUCUUGAAGUUACCAAAAUUAUCGACAAUCUUUCACGUUUUGCGCUCGAGAGUGUUUUUAUUGCGUGGGUUUUGAAAAAUUCUUCCCGUCUCGUACCUCAAGCUAACGAGGAUUGGAUAGGAUUGUACAUGCCAGAGCCAAGGUCAAGGUACUUCAUAUUGUCGCAGCAAACAAGGGAUAAGUUAUUUUUCAUCUGCAUCACCUGUACUAUAGCGACCUAAAUCAGUCAUGAACUACAUAGAAGACUACGUGGUUUUCGUGUUGUGCCUUUUGCUCCCAAUCGCCGUGGGAUUCUUCUUUGCCUGCCGAGGACAAAGGCCGAAAACCACAACAGAAUUUCUCUUCGCGGACAAGAAUUUAAGAAGCUGGAUUUUGGCGCUGUCACUUGUGGCUAGCUAUUUUUCGUCGGUUCUUCUUCUUGCUUCAGUAGCACAAGUGUUUUCAUUUGGACUGCAGUACAUCAUUUUCGCUCUGUUCGCUUACUGGUUUGUCGCGGCUGUUUCUCAUGUUAUCUUCAUUCCUAUGUUUCACCGAUUGCAAGUUACGUCAGUCAACGAGGUAAGUUUGUGGUUAUGUAACAUUAAUUCCGAGUUAUGUCUGGCGUUUGAAAAGCUUCUUGGCCCUUUUUCGUUAUAGUCUCGAUAGACAUCGCGAGGUAACAUGCAUGUUAUGAGAAAACACAGGAUCAGAUAUUUCCUUAAGGGAAAAGAACCGAUACUUAGAUCACCCUUAAGUCGUGCAGCUUACCAUAUGCAUGAAAUAAUUAAAUUUUAAGUGUGAAAGGAAUUAGUAACUAGCUCGCUCAGUUUAUAGAAUCUUCCAUGAAUCGGUAUUGUUGUGAUUUUCUUUCUUGCUUUCGCCGGCAGUUAGAUUUGUGUGUUUUAUUAUCAUCAGAGCUUAAGUUCCGAGUCGCAAAAUUUUACCAUGAAAAAACCAUCUUAAUCAAAUUAUCAUUUGCUGUCAAGAGGACCUGACCUACGUUUAAAUAUGAGAGCGCGCAAUAAAAAAGAGUAACUGAUAUUUUGCACACUCUGUACACGUGCAUAGAAUCAUUAUAGAAAGGAUAGUAAAUGCAGAUGUACAAUACUAGACGAAUACCACAAAUAUUUUUCUUCAUGAAUAGAGGAACUUGUUGUUGUUACCGCCGAUGUCAAUGAGAUGUUUUUAAAUUUUUCUCUUUAGCCGAUUAUUCUGAAACGUCUCAUUUACUCCAAAACCCUAAUCCAUCCCUUUAAGUGUCUGUAGACAUAUUAAAAAGGAAUUUGGUAUUUUGCGAAAAUUUUACCUAUGAGUCUUUCGUGUUUUUUAGAGCCCUAUGAAGUCUAUCAUUUUGCGAUAGAAAUUUGAGUAAAAGGCUACCACAAUGGAGUGAUGAAAUAACGUGACCAGACUUUAGAUUCGAUGUUUAAAAUCAUUAAUGCCAUUCUUAUCAGGAGAAAUAACAAAUUUACGGAAUCGAAAUUUAUGUGAGAAUGGUUAAACGAACUUCAUGUAUUGUCUAAAUUACAUCUUUUAGAAUACACGAUUCGUAGUUUUCGAAACUAAGGUUUCUUGAUUUCGAAAAAAAAAUAUGCUGGAAUUCAGUAAACAUGAUGUAGUUUGAGUUUCGAAAGCCCUCCAUUUUAUCCCUAAUUUCCUUCGAGCUUCACUCUUGAUCCAAGAACAAACCCAAAAUGAUUAGAGAGGUGAUAAAAUCACCUUUUCUGAUUUACUUGCGGUUUGUCCUCAAGAAAUUAUGGUUUUUCAUAAAAUUGAAGAUAGAGCAAGGUAUUCAAAAAUUUAACGUCCCACGCCAUGUGGGCAAUAAUCAUUGAUACGUGGGGUACCUCACGCAAUGUUAUGCAGUCUUUAUCGCUUACGGUCAAUACAGUCGCCGUCAAAAGUAGCUUAAAUUUAGAGAGAAAAACUAAGGAAAGGACAAGAAAAAGUGUUGAUAACUAAAUUUUAGAAAGAUGACAUUGAGGUAAAUUAAGAUUAUAGUGAAAGUAACGUCGGGAAUCAAAGAACUUGUUUGUUACGUGCCCUUGUUUUUGCUAUUUAAUAGACUCGUUUAAUUUAUUUAUCAAUUCAUUCACGUAUUAAACAAUAAAUUAGAUUUGUUUUUGUCCGUGCAGUGCGCCCUUUCUCUUUAUUAAGAACUAAUAAAAAUUUUCCCCUUAAAAAAUUUUUUAGAAGUCUGUGGAGUUAGAAUUGGUAACAAAAUGCGGAAGGCAAGUUCUGCUAUUGCUCAACACAUCUUGAAGGGGUAAUAUUCUAAAUUUAACAAUUUCGCAAAACCAUUUACUCUUUUUCCUUUAGUACCUAGAGGCGCGGUUUUCCGGUGGCGUCCGGUAUGUGGGGGCAAUCCUCUUCACUGUGACCUAUGUAAGUAAAGUCAGAUUUACUUUAUUUCUUGAAUCCCUGCUCUGACAACGGAUGAAAUUGGGAGCGAAUUUGAAUGUAUUCCCGUCACGCAAUACGGAAAGACGUGACUGAAGACGUUAAUUAUAUGACGAUAUCAAACCUUACAGAAAUCCAAAGCGAUCAUUUACGGUUGGAGCUCUUUUACUUGAAACGCUACGUAAACUUUUAUGUUCUUUACCAGAAAAAGUCAAACCUCCAUAAACAGAAAUCUUAAAAUGUGCUUUGAUAAGCAGUCUUUGCAGACAUUUAAGUUAAGGUCAAAGUGAAAAUGAAACUUUUUGUUUUGCUGCUGUAUAGAGCCUGUACUUAUGUCUGGUCGUGUACAUACCCUCACAGGCCAUCAAUACGGGUAAGGAGCUGUUAAUAUUAAAUGGCAUGGGUAUUGAAUUAGAUAAACAGGAAAUUUGUUGAUGGAAAGUUAUCGAAAAAAAAUGAAACGAUUUAAAAUAACGAUGUUAUGAGGAUUUCUUGGAGUGUCUCUGAAUCGCACAUCCGAAGUUUUUCUAAAACAGGUUUCUAUGUGUAUAAGUGCACUUUUCAUAUCCUAGUAAAAUCUUGUUAGUGCUAUCGUUAUUUCAUCUUUUACUGUUUCAUAUUCCUAGUUGCUGGAGUUCCGUUAGCAGUCGGCAUCGUCUGCACGAGCGUCGCCUGUACACUGUACUCUGCAUUGGUGAGUUUAGAGACCCUUUCCUUCUACCUUUGUAACAGUGACCAGCUUCUAAUUUUUUCCUCACAAUGUCACUCCUGAAUCACACAAUAAGGUCACGAGAACGGAGGAAAUGAUUGUUAAAUAAAGAAGCUCUUGAUAGUUGAACAAAUUCUCCUUGUCAGCACAUCAAGGAAUACAAAGAGGACAGUAUGGAGAAAAUGCAUACUGAUGUUAGGGGAUAAAGGUUAAAUUGACGAACAUAACAAAAAUAAUAACAUGGUCCAGAUAGUAAGUAGUGAAAUUUCAGUCAAUGAACUCAUUAUAUUGAAGAAAUAUCAGAGCGAAAUUGUUUUUUUUUUUUUUUUUUUUUCCUCUGGGAUUGUGGCUCUCCGAUCAUAUAAUCUGUAAUUUUUUUCGUAUUCGAACCCGUAUUAAAAAAAGAAAAAAAAAAGACUGUUGCGUAGAUAAGAAAGAUAACUAAAAUACAAUCAGAUAAUAAACGAUAUUUCAUUUGUUCGUUUAUCUUUCCUGUGCGUGUACCAAAUCAUGUAAGGUUUUUCAUUUCUAGUGAAAUUAUUUUUAGUUGCCAAUUUGAAGAAGUGUUUAAUUAAGUCGAUUGAGGUUUCCUUUCUCGGUUUGAAUGACACAAGUUGACUCGGAGGUCAAACUCCGGUUAAUUGUUUUAAUGUGCACAAGCACGUCCACUAAACACUGUCCAAAGUACAGCUCUUUAGCAUAUCAGCUAAAUCCACAGACAAUCAUUGCCAGUAAUCUUGAUUGACCUGGCAAUACGCCGCCGAUUUCACGAGUCAACAAAUAACAAAGACUUCCGCCCACAACCUUUUUUUCACUUAGUCACAAAAAGAAUACAUAUGAAAAUAUUUACCUUGGAGGUCGCGAAAAAUAUUGAGGAAACGAAAGACUGAAAAUGCGAAAUUUAUCAUAUCCAGGCAAGCCCCUGAACUGAAAUAUCUGGCUGUUAGGAAGGUGUUUAAGUCAAAUCGUUCUUAGCACAAAAAGGAAGUAGAUCACGGCUUUUGAAUAUCGAAAGCCGCUGCCUGUUUCGAUUAAAAUUUUUCUAGUUUCGUUAUUUGAAUUACAUGUUGAUGUUCACCAAUGUACACGGAUCUUUCCUCGCUCCUCCUUGGAUUACACUCACCUCAUUAGAGUCCCGUACCUCGCUAAAUUAUCAUAUUGAUCUAAGGUUAAAUAAAAUAUUGUGAAAUUAUAAUGUAAAUAUUUUGAACUGUUAAGAGAGCACUGGAGAAAAAUCGUACAAGAUCACUGGAAAAAAUGGUACUAUAAAGCUAAAAAUUACAUUACUUCUAAAAAAUUACUCCUUCUGAAAGUAGUUACCGAUCGCCAAAAAUAAGAUUCUUUCAAUUUUAAAAUCAGAAACCAAUUUUCUUCUCUCUUGGUAUUGAGUAACAUGUAAACUGAUGUUGCAUUUGUUUAUUCAUGGUAACUGUUUUGUUUUGGUUUGUUUUGUUUUGCUUUUUUUUACAGGGAGGCUUGAAGGCGGUGGCGUGGACAAACGCGUUUCAUGUGAUUCUUAUGGUGACUGGACUGGUCACGCUGUGCAUUGUGGGUACGAACACCGCAGGAGGCUUUGAUCAUGUGAUUGAAGUCAACAAAGAUCGAAAGCGAAUGCUGUUAUUUGAGUAAGAAGCAUAAGAUUCGGAGAUCUCUGAGAUUUAUGAAUUUCUAAAUGCUUCUUAUUUAUAUUUGCGUCUUUCCUCUGGCAGUUUCAACCCAAACCCCACAGUUCGUGAUACUUUCUGGACUCUUUCCAUUGGCGGAGCCAUCACUGUCAUACCUGUGUGGACGGUCAAUCAGACAGCAGUUCAGCGGUAUAUCUCCAACAAGUGUGUCGGCCUGGCUAGGAGGUAAGCUCUGAGAAUUUAACAGUUCCAGUCUUUUCCCAUCCCUCUGGGCGAUGCAUCUAUUACUUGGAAAUUUUCGCGCCAACUCAACCAAUUAUAUGAAGAUAUGGAAAUUUCAAACUGACGCGACUUAGCUUUCCUUUGCUUCCACCUGUUAACGCUGAACUACAUUCGCUCGUUACUACGCGUCGUAUCGUUGUAAGAUUCUUCGUUUACCUUAAAACCCUCUUAGAGAAAUUUUUCAUUGGAGUGUCGGCAGAAGUCCCGGAUUGCUUUGGUUUAACCUAACUUUGCUCUGCGAUUGGUUCAGAAAAUUCGCGCCAUCCUCUCAACUAAUUGGAUGCAUAUGUAAAAACAAUCGUGAUUUGGUCAUUCGCGUUUUACCGCGCUUCAUGCAAUCAGUUAGCUUGUUUCCACUUUGAGUUCUCAUUGGCUAAUGUAAACCUUUGUUCUGAUUGUUGCUGUGAUUACUGUGGUUUUGGUUUUCGAAACUCAAUUAGAAACAAUUCAUUGUAAAGUUGCCUGAGCAAUCGUGAAUUCCCGCGCUUCAGGGUAAUUAUCUAAGUGUACUUUUUGAUUUAUGUGGUAGAUCAACUAUUGACGUUUUCUUGUUACCACAUUCACUACAAAAGAUACUCUUAUUACCAUCCACAUUCAGUACAAAAGAGCCCUAGGAUAAUAUGAACUUACAGUAGCGGCUUUGAUUCAGUUAUACAUGUAAUUAAUAUACUUGACUGCCUCAGCAACAUCCUCAAAUAAGAACUUCAGACGCUAUAGUACUUUUAACAGAUACAAAUCGAUUUGAUUUUGCAGGGCCGUUUGGAUCAGUGUGCCAGUGCUUAUAAUCAUAACAGGCUUAGCGUGUAUAACCGGUCUCAUCAUGUAUACUGUGUUUGCCAACUGUGAUCCUUUGAUGACAGGAGCAAUUCAACGCAGUGAUCAGGUACUGAAAAAUACUUUAUAGACACUUGCAGAGGUGUUAACAAGGAGAUGAAUUACAAAUCUCAAAUAUUAGCCCAGAUAUAUUGAGUUUGUUUCAAAUUAGACAAAAACACUAAGGGCAUUUGGUGAUAAAGAGAAUUUGCGGCCUAAUAGUUAACGUCCAGGACUCCAAAUCGAGAGGCGUCUUGGAGAGCUCAAUAGAGAUCAUUCCCACUCAGUCCCUCUGCUUGAAGCUCGACCAACACAGAAACCCUCAUAAAUUCUUUUCCUGCUUUUCAGGUGCUGUUCUAUUACAUCAAACAUCACCUACAACACCUAAAAGGACUUCCAGGAUUCCUCACUUCCUGCGUAUUCGCUGGAUCUUUGAGGUAGAAAUUCCGCGAUUUUAUUUAGCGCCAUCGUGAUGCAUGUCUCUUUGUAGCUUACUUCUAGUGGCUUUAUCGGUCGGUGCAAGUGAAUAUUGGAGUAAUUUUGCAUUGCACGUUAUUGUUUUGGAUUUGCUUUACUUCGAACUGUGACUGGUCUGAAAACCUCUCGUAAACCAAUCGGAUGCAAAACCUGUACCAGCGGCGCAAGUAGAUGUUUGAGCAAUUACCAUUUCGGGGUAGAAAAACAUGAUAUGUAGAGAGAUUUCUCUAGUUUGGAGGCAACGUUCAGUGGUUGGUCGCGCCACACUCGGUCAGCCGAUCAGAAGCAAUUGGUGAAUUAAUUAGUUCAGUGGUUGGUAUAGAAAACUCGCGCCACACUCGGUCAGCCGAUCAGAAGCAAUCGGUGAAUUAAUUAAGAGAUGGCGGUAAAUUUUUAAUUUUUUACCGCUUUUCUGCCAGCCUUUUGCACUUGUCUUUGCUUCAAUAUUUCACUGACUCAUUGCGAUACUGAUGUAUUUCUUCUUACUGACUGCAGUGACUAUAUUAGGCAUGCACCAGAUGAUAUCUCAGUCUUUUCUCUGUGUUUGAAGGACUAGACAUUUUCUCUUUCAGCUUCGUGUCAUCAGGGCUGAACUCUUUAAGCCUGGUCAUUUUGGAGGAUUUUUUAAAGAAAUGGUCAAGAAGGAUUGACGACUUCGAUUCGGUGAAAAGUUGCCAACUUGUCAGUAAGUAAACUUUCCAUUUUAAAACUUUUUCCAGGUGUAAUACCAUGCAUGCUAAAUUUGAGUUUGAUUUAUUUGGCUCAGCUGCGAUUCUGGGCGGGACAGUGAUGGUAGGAGCCUUUGUUCUUCACCAUGCAGGCGACGUGGUCUUACAGGUUGGUAAACAACCUUCUUAGUAUUACAUCUUUUGCAAUGGUCUAACUUACCAGCCAGUUUCACGCAGCUCAAGGGUGGAGCAUGGGACCGCGAAAUCCGAAGGGGUUUGGGCACAAUUCCGCGACGGCGACGCUUAGGCGAACGUCGCCUGAAAAUGAACUUUCAUUUCUCUUCAGAAUUUUCCCAGUUUCUCGAUGUUUUUCCCUUUCAUAAGAACUUAUCACCCUGCGCUUAUAAUUACGACUCCAAAUCCAACUCCGACUCCGUUGUAAGUGAAGCUAGCUUUAAAUUUCUUGUUGCGCCACGUUCUUAUUCCCGUCGCCGUCGUGAUCCCAACGUUAAAUGGGAUACUCGUCACUUAUGAACCUAAUGUUUGGGCUAUCACGGCCCAACUAGUCUGUUGGCGAGUGAGACAACAAUCGACGGGUGAUCCAAACGGAGGAGCGUGUGUUCAAUGCUUUUGCAAGAACUCAGAAGUUUGCUUUGUCUCAUUUUCGUGACAAGCUCGUUAACAUCUACUUCCAUUCCAAGAAAGCGUGAAAUAUUUACCAUGUUAAUAUAUUUUUUACCACUAAGGACGUGUUCAAGACCCUCGUUAAGGAAUUUUGAGUUUCUUUCGUGGCUCGCAACGAAGAUUUUACGAUGUUCCGACUUUGAAAGUGUGUUUUUUUCUUUCUUUUCUUUAUCAUAGGUGUUCUCUGGUUUGCUUUACAUCACCGGUGGCCCUUUACUUGGCAUCUUCACUCUCGGUCUUCUGGUGUCACGUGCAAAUGCAAAGGUAGCAAUCAAUCUCGAGCUUACGCUUGUUCGCGUUUCGUUCGUCCAGUUCAAAAUAUGAAAUCCGAUUUAAGCUACAUUUGUACUCGAGGCAAACUAAUAUUUCAAAGUUUUCUUAUAUCAAAGGGAUUGUCAUUUUCCGGAAGUAAAUCAACCUUAACAAUUACGAUCAAUCUCCUUCGAUUUCUUUUUUACAAUUCGAUGUUUUCACAAUAAACUUUGUUUUACCUGGAUAGCUCAAGGUGAUUACUCCUCUGCCAAAGAGCUGACCCCUGUUCACUUUCACCCCGCUUAAAGAGAACUGAUGAUCGUGUCAGUAGACUCUGAAGGCCACUGUGUACCUUCUAUAGGCUGCGCGUCUUUUCGUCUCAAAAUGUUUUUUAUUCCUACCUUAGGGCGCAUACCUUGGAGUGGUCAGCGGUCUGGCCAUGACAAUCUGGCUUUUUACUGGAGCCCAGCUUUACCCGCCAAAUGAAAACUUCGGCCCAGUCUCAAUCUCGGAAUGCUCCCCUGAAGUAUUCAACAAGUCUCAAGCAGCAAUGAUCAAUAACACGAAGAUCACAUACCAGUACGAGUAAGUAAAAAUCCUCGAAACUAAACUGACACAAUAAUAUAUUCUCUCGCCUGAACCUGAUUUCCAGUCAGUUACCAGUUGUUUCCUGGGGGUGGGGGACUUUCUGGAUUGGAUAAUACACUGAACACCCCCAUUCUCCUCUCCAUCAGGACAAUAACUGAAUACAAGCAAAAUAAACCGGAGAAAAUAGUGGAUGGAGGGGGGGGGGAAGAGAAAGGCUGAGGGGGUGGGGAUCUGGUAGGUUACUCUAAGACCAAGUUAGCUUCUUAUUCAGAGUAAGCAGUAUUACUCCUUGUCGAUUCAAUGGGAUAUAAUCGUCAUAGGCUCCGCCAAGUAAGCAAGUUAGUCUCCCUUUUUAAACUUUCCAUCUUAGAGGAAAACUUUGAAAACUUGCUUUUCCUGUGUUCGUGAGGGAAUCUCCCCAUUAUUUUUCGUUUUGUCGGAGACCGGGGUCGAACACAGGCAAGACUAUUUAUUGACAGAUUUGUGCGUGUGAGUGUAAUCAAGCUUAUUCUUUUGCACUAUGAGUUUUGUACAGACGUGAGGGAUUAAAUUGGUUCAGUUAAAAAACUUGUGAAUUGUGACUUUAUUGCUGCUGGAGGCAUUCAUGACAUUUUUUCGUUUUUAUUAUUUUUUUUUUCAGUAACCCGAUGGCUGGGUUUUACAGCACAUCGUACUUGUGGUACUGUGCCAUUGGUUGGUUUGUUACUAUGCUAAUAGGAACUGUUACAAGUUUUUUGUUAGGUGAGAGACAAAUAAAACAAUUAUGAGUAGUGUGUGAACCUUGUUCCCAGGACCUUCCCUGAGGUACCGCGUUUGAGACGACGCCAUGCCAAUGUUGUUGUGUCUAUGACCGGUAAAAAGUUGAAAUAUAUCAAAAAUUUGAGUCAAUGAUUUGUUUUCUGUUUGCUUCUGAGCUUGUUUGUUUGUAAUAGGCCAUUUUACAGUUGUGUGCUUAGUUACCAAGUCUUUGAUUUGGAAUGAGUUUGAAGUUGACCAUGUUGUGAUAGAGACUAGUAUCUAGUUUGCAUGAUAACUAAGUAAUUUACAUCUGAAAAGCAGCAAGGUUUGUAUCAUAACAAGGUCACCCUUAGCCUCACUCGUGUUCAAAGGCUUGGCAACGAAGAACGUAACUGUAAAAUGGACUAUUAAGUCUGCAGAGCCCUUUGUGCCAAAUGUGGUAUGGCAAACUCUCUUCGCGUCUGCCAACAAGGUGGGGAUAAUGCAUUCCAGACCCUUGGCUGAAAAAAAAAUGAGAGAUUCCGUUCAAGCGAUUACAUUCACUGUCUUGCGUGGAUCCUAAAUUACCGCACCUCAUUUGUCUUCGUCAUCAGAAACUGCAGAAGAAAGAAAAGUAGGCGUGGAUCCCAAGUUGUUAUUUCCAGUGAAGUUAUGGCUCCUAAGCUGGUUACCCAGCCAACGAAGGAGAUGGAACUCGAAAACAGGCCUGCCUAUGUCAGACGAUAAAGAGGACUGGGUUCAGCUCGGGGAGAGAAAGCAUGAUCCAGGUUGCAAAGAGCAGGUUGGAAGUCAUACUUUUAAUAUUUCUUCGUUGUUUCCCAACCGACAUUUGAAACAGACCUAAUUACAUAUCAUUUUCGUGAAAGGAACAGUUUAUGUUUUUUACCACGAGGUCUUUUUUGAGAACUUGGAGAUCAAUGAACGCAUUUCUUCACACGCCUGUCACGUUUUCCUCGGGCUUUGCAGCCCGCGCUACUCGUUUACCCAUGCCUCAACCCUUUGUAAGUUUGUUUCCCCACCCUUGGCAUAAGUAACAUCACGGGAGAUCAGAAAGAACGCGGCAUUUAUCAUGACAAUUUUCAAAUUGCAAAAAUUCUGCUUUGACGUUAAGGGACGUUGUGGCUUUGAAUGUAUAAAAGCAAUCCGCGUUGUUCUUAGGUAGCCAGCUAUUAUAAUGAAAUAUUUGUUUUUCUUAAAGUUGAUUGGAAAAAACCUCUUUGCGACCUCUUGAAACGACUCAAGAUGACGUCAUGUAUAGGAAUGUUUGUAGUAAUGUUUUUUUUUACCACAUUUUUUCCUUCUUUUUAAUUUCAGCUUCCAGUUGGAAGGAACUCAUAUAGAACCAGUGUUGCAUGAUACACGACAAGAUAACAAACAACAACAACAACAACAACAACAAAGCAAAGAACAGCAGUAACACUGAAGGUUUCAUCAAUAACAUUGACUGAGGUUGCCAAGAUAUGGAGCUAAAUAUCUUGUGAAAGUUCAGUGUAUGGAUCAUUUGAAACUUUGUUGCUAAAACUACAUUGUUAACAACAUAGAGCUGUCAGUGGAGUGCAAAGGUUACAAUGAAACUAUGCGCGUCAAUUGAUGUCCACAGACUUUGAAAAAAAGCAGUGGGGAGCUAAAGCAUUUGGGAUCACUUACAGAUACAAUGGACACAUUAUUUCAGCCUCUAUGAGGGUAUCAAUUUACAGUCAGAACUUUGCAUCCGGGAACUUAAAAGUCUACCAGUGAAAAUACUCAUUUUACAUUUAAACUAGCAUCCAUGAGGUUGAAGUCACAAGUAUAUUUUUCUAACAAUUAUUUAUUUAUAAAAAAAGGGAAUCUGCUUCAAUGUUUUUUUUUCUUGCCCGGUAUGGCGUUGAGAUACUUGGAGAAGCCAAAAAGGCAAAAAGAGAGGGGGAGGGGUUGGGAGGGGGGAGGAGCUAUUCUAAUUUUGAUGUUUGGUUACUGAACACUAAUAAAUUGAAGAUUUAUCAUGUCAUAUUCACCACUAGAGCUGACAAGGAGAACUUAUUUCAUUUACUAAAGGAUGAGAGCAGGAAAAAAGAAGUCACAAACACCAAUCAGAAGAAAGGAAGAUCCCUUUAACUCCCAAGAUCUAAUUGUUAAUUCUCCCCUGUAGCUGCUACACAUUUCAUUGUAAAUUAGUUAUGAGAACUUGGUGCUAGAUCAAGAUAGCAGCUUCUACCUGAUAAGUUUGAAUAUUUUCAUUACCUGUUUGCUGAAGAAUGUAUGGAUAUUGUAGGGAGAAGUUUUAUGUUAAUCAAUUCUGGGAGUUAAAGGGUUAAGAGCCGAUGAGAACUCAAAUUUCAACUAACCAAACCUUAAGUGAACAAAAUGCAGGCAGCUAAGUUGUGAUUGGUUGUAGUUUUGCAUCUGAUUGGUUGAGAGAUUGGUGCAAGUUUUCGAGCCCAAUCACAAAGUGAAGCAAAAAAAACAACAACAAACAAACAAACAACAACAACAUCAAUCUUGAAUUAUUUUCAAUACUCAAUUGAAAACUGUUCUAACACACUUACAGUCUGAUAAUUUAAACGCAAUUAUCACCAAAUUUGAAUCAUUUUUUCGUAAUAUUUACAAUAACUGAAACAGUUUAUGAUGUUGUAUUUUUGAAGGUUGGUGUAAAAUUGCAAUUAAAAACUAUAACAGGGGUUUCACAGA